CGUGAAAUCUGCACCAAAGUCCCACUCGGCUCCCGGACAAGCUCCAUCCGUCUCCAUUCGAGCUUCUGCCUCGUCACUGCACCUUCCCUCCCUUCACAAGCAUUAACAAUGAACACCCACCUCGCCGACUUCGGCAAACUGAAAGAUUCCUCUCCCCCAAAUCCAACUCCCACCCGCCCCAAACACCUCACAACCCGCUCCAUCAGCGAAAUAACCAGCAUCCCCAAGGUCCAUAAACACCACCACCACCCGCAUCUACAUCACCGAGACAAAGAUCCCGCGGCCUCGAACCCGACUUUGAAGGUUCAGCCUAGUGUUGUGGAUGUAGUUGGUGGGGAGAGGAGUAGGAGUGAGGGUGUGACGCCGAAUGAGAGUAGGAAUGUGAGUCGGAGGGGGAGUGUGAAUGUUGCUGUAGUAGGGCCGUGGGAGGACAGUGUAGGGAUGGGGGCUCUGCAGAGGGAGAAGAGAGUUGUCAAGGAAGGGGAAGUGAGGGAGGAGAGGGAGAGGGGUGCUUUGAGAGCAGCGGAACUACGAAAUGCGUUGAUGGGGUUGAAUACGCUGUCUAAUAAUACGACGAGACGGCUUGAUAAUACAUAUUACUCGGUGCUGGAGAAGCUUAGUGUUUUGCAGAGCACGAUAUCAUCGUUGAAGGAAUUGGCUAGUAUGACUAAAGACUUGAAUCAAGAGUUCAAGAACGAGUCGGAGGAAUUGGUUAGAGAAGUCAGUGCUCAACUGGAAGGAUUCGGAAGCUUUGCAGAACAAGAGAAGCGGAUUGGAGAUCUCCAAGAGAGAGUGAAGGCUGGGAGGGAGCGAAUCAAAGCUCUCGGCGGCCGGGUUGACAUCGUCAAAGAUCGCGUUGAGGGUUGGGAAAGAGCCGAAGGGGAAUGGCAGGAGAGGACGAGGAAGAAUUUGAGGAUAUUAUGGAUUGUCAUCAGUUGCUUUAUAGCUGUUCUUCUGGCUCUGGUUGCUUUCCAGUAUACGCCUGCGAUGACAGGACCAGAGGUACCAAGGGGUUUGAAUACAACGGGCCUACUGGGAAAGGUGCCAGAUUUCGAAUCGUUCAAAAACGAAAGCCAAGCUCUGAAGAGAGAAGUCGAAGAGCGGUUAGACGGAUCGAUGAAUAGAGCCCAGCCGGAAGAGAAUCCGAGGCUGAGAGUCUUUGACGAGUUAUGAUAUUGCAUUCAUGAUACCCUUACUACUAGUUUGCAAUAAAAUAUGGAUCAAAAGCAUGCCAAGAGUAGAGAGACAGGUGGGCAAAAUCAGUCAGCUGGUUCCUGAGACCUGGGCGCCCAGGGAAUAACUUGGAUUGUGUUCGCACUG